AUGGAAAACACCAAGCAACACAACAAACAGGAAAAAAGACAAGUUAAACAAACUAGCAGCUCAUUCAUAGAACCAACACAGAUCGCUUACUUCAUCAAACAGGCAAGAUGGCCGAGUUGGUCUAAGGCGCACGGUUCAGGUCAACCUGAUCCCGAUGGUUUCAUAACUAUCUCCGUGUCUCGCAAGAGGCGUGGGUUCGAAUCCCACUCUUGUCAUAUCUUUUUGUAG